AUGACUUCAACAGCUGUGGCUGGAGCUGCAGAGAGUGAGAGACCCAAACCCAUGAGAAUGAGGCAUCUUCUUAGAGCAAUAAGACAAGGCAAACAACUUCCAGAGAGGAAAGUGCACAGAAUAAGAAUACCAGUGCUGUGUGCAUCACUUGUUUUUUCUCUUGCAGACAAUCUCAAGCACAAAAAACCUGCAGAGACUCUAGAAUGGCUGUUCAAGAACUCAGAAGAAGCUGUUAGAGGGGUAGAAGAUGGCACACACCAUCCAAUCUCCAAAUCUUCUAACAAUACUGCCCUACUUGGGUUCUUGAGUAAGGAGGGCAGGGGACAACAGCAGAAAAAGAAAGUUAUGAGUAAAGAUGGACGCAACUUGGCAGAAAAUGGGCGCACACCAAGGAUUAGAUUGCCUGAACAUUCUGCACAGAAGCUCUAUGCCUUGACCAAAAAGCUUGGCAUGAAAACAAACGGGCAGACUGUAAAAUGGUUAUGUGAGCACUGCCAACCAGCCAUUGCAGCAAUUGUGUCUAACAACAACAACAACAAUACUGUUUGGCAAAGUAUAUUAGAAAACAAAGAUGUCCAGUUGAGUGACAAUGCUUCUAACCACCUUUCUGAAGUGGGCUCAUCAGAGGAAGCCUCUUCUAGAGGUUUCUUCAACAGAUUUCUCAUACCUCACAGAUUUUGA